AGCAAAAGGAAACGUAACAAGAAAAAAAUAUUGGAAAUGGUGUCGACUAUGGUGGAACACUCUACAGGAUUAUAUGCUAAACUGGCGUUAGGCCUUCUGUCAAUUUCAACUCUAUUUGCAUGGAUAGCGUACACAUGUACAGGUUGGGGCGAAGCAGUAUCCGGGCCGCUGGCAGGAACACAUUAUGGGUUGUGGCGUGUUUGUUCGGAUAAUAAAUAUACACCAGGAUGUGUUACUACGGACGGAUGGGCAAAUGACUGGUAUGCCGCGAGUCAAGCAUUGGUCACAUUUGGAUUCUUUGGAAUCAACGCUGCACUGGUCCUGCAGAUGGUGUACAUGUUUAAGCCAGGUUGUGUGGGGAGCAUUGAAGUUGCUGUUCCGACUGCUCUCAUAUGCUUUAUCACAGGUUUACUCUACUUGAUUGGUAUAAUUGUGUAUGGAGCCAAGUUUGGAGAAGAUUUCGUUAAUCCUGCUGACUCAGACCCAAACUGGGGCGAAUACAAACUGGGUUACAGCUUUGCGCUGUCUGUAGUCGCUCUCGUGUUUGAACUAGUAGCCGGGUUACUUCUGAUCCUAGAUGCCAAAGCCAAUGUGGUUAACACCUGUGAGACAUCGGCUCGUUCUUGUCAUACGUAGCAUGUUUACAUAUGGAAUAAAUUAAUGAUUAUCA